AUGUCGAGGCACCUUCGCUUCCUCGCCCGGACGGUGAUGGUCCAGGAUGGCAACGUAGAUGCGGCGUAUAAGACCCUAAACAGGUAAAGGCACACAUCUAAAAGAAAAUAAAGGCUAAAAGCGUCCUUAUUUAGUGACCAAAAGGCCAGUAUCGGCUGAGUUUACGUUAGCCUUCCGCUCAAUGUCACAGAGCUGCGGCUGCGCAGUGGCGUUCCUUCUUGAGGCUAGAAACUAAACGGCAAAUUUAAGUGACCUUAACGAUAACAUUAGACCUGAAAACGUGUGUGUUUUUUCUAAAUGAAGACAUCCUAGAAAUAAUUUGUCUUUUUUUAUUUGAUUAUUUUUUAAUAUAGGGUUUCUGGAAGCCUAUUUGUCAAAGUGUCUUGCUGGCAUUAAAGGGAUAUUCCGGAGUAAAUUUAAGUUAGGGUCAAACACACCGUAACACCGAGUUAGAAACCCCCUCGAGAGAUGAAUGUUGCCGACCGCUUGCUUCGCUAGUUAUACCAACUUUAGUAACAACCACACGGGCUGAGGAUCCAUAAACAAACCUCAACCAAAACACCACUCUAUAGCCACAAAUAAUGCUCAGAGGAGCACCUAACUUCAUCAACAGUUCAUAUCGGGUCCUAGCCAUAGCACUAGCCACCAAACAUCUUUUUAACUUUACCUGAUUUCUUUAACAAAGGGACUAAACUGCUCAACUACUGUCCUCCAGCAGCUACUUGUUUGUAGCGAGACCUCAGGCCAGUCCAUUACAGACUGCUGCGGGGGUGCCGCAGCUCAAGAAAGAACAUUUAUGAUCAUUCCCUCAUGGAAAUGCAAUCAGACCAGACGCUAAGGCUGAAGAACUACAUUGUCUGCAGUGCAAAAUGAUAAAUAUGGUGAUUAUUGCUUAAAGGAAAUGAUAAAGUAAUGAUCAUAAAUGAUCUUCCUUGAGCUGCCUCACCCUGCAGCAGUUGGUAAUGGACUGGCCUGAGGUCUCACUACAAACAAGCGGCUGCUGGAAUAGUGUAGGUGAGUUGUGUUUAGUCUCUCUCCUAAAGAAGUCAGGCAAAGUUAAAAAGAUGUUUGGUGGCUAGUACUAUGGCUAGGACUCAAUAUGUACUGUUGCUGAAGUCAGGUGCUGUUCUGAGCAUUAUUUGUGGCUAUAGAGUGGUGUUUUGGUUCAGAUUUGUGUGUGGCUCCUUAGACCGCUGUGUAUUGCUAUCGUGCGGUCGUUACUAAAGUUGGUGUAACUAGAGAAGCAAGUGGUCGGCAACAUUCAUCUCUCGAGGGGGUGUCUAACUCUGUGUUACGGUGUGUUUGACCCUAAAUUCAUUUUACGCCAGAAUAUCCCUUAAACUUCUGAUAGGCAAAAACAUGCAUCCUUUUAUUUCUUCAAUUGUGUACGAAUUUACCAGGCUAGAACUUGCAAUAUGUUAUAUCCUUUAAAGAGAUUUAUAUAUGUUUUUUUUUCUAUCAAAGCUUCAGAAGUUGAGACUGUCUGCCCCUCCAUGAAGAAGUAGACAGUCUCCAUUUUAACUUCCUGAUCAGGGUUUCUGAAUUUUAAAAACGGUCUCAGUCAUUCAGAAGUUUUCUCUUCUUAUUACAGGGUCCUGACUCAGGAUGGGAUCACUGACGCAGUUAAGCGCAAACGGUAUUUUGAGAAGCCCUGCAAACAACGACAGCGAAAGAGCUUUGAGAACUGCAAGCGGAUCUACAACAUGGAAAUGGCCAGAAGGAUAGCCUUCAUCUCCAAGACCAGCAGAGAAGAUCCUUGGCUGGGCAACUAG